UCAAUGAUUAAUUCGAUGGAACUAGAGAAGGUGAAAGACCUUUGCAAGGACAGCCACCAGACCUAUUUGCUAAAAAGUCCAAACUGGUCAGAAGCUUUGACAACUGCCUGGAACAUGAAUGGUCUGAGUUACUUUAUUCUGCUCCUCCUGUGGAGAUGCUGUAUUUUCCAGCAGUUCCCAGUAUUUCAGGGACAAGUUCCUUACGAACACCUGGUGGACCCCUUUUCUGAUUAUGAGUCCCCAAUAAAUUGUGGUCCUCCGCCUGAUGUUGAUAAUGCAAUGACUCUGGCCUUCUCAAGACGAGAAUUUGGACCUGGUUCAGAUGUUUAUUAUCAAUGCUACAGAAUGUAUGAAAUGGAAGGCACCCCACGUGCAAGAUGUUUACAUGGUCGAUGGGUUGGCGUGCCCAAAUGCCUUCGAACUUGUCGAGCAGAUGAUGCUGACAUGGAACGUAACAAUAUCAAACGGAGGUCGAUAACUAAAUCCACAUCCAUGAGAGCUUCUGACUACUGGAUGCUGUUUGAGUGCAAAUCAGGAUUUCGAAAGGACCCAUCAUCACCACCUUUUAUGAAACAAUGUGUAACUGGGCCAUGGGUAUAUCCAAGGUGUAUCUAAAUCAGUAAGUCUUUCCAUGGCAGCAGAGAAAUCAUACCACACAUAUAUUUUGAUAUCACCACAGAGAUUAGCAGCAACAGUACUAACCAUUAAAUUUAAAUGAUUUGGGUUGAUUUUUUUAAAAAAAUUGGGAAAAUUAAUACAAAUUAAUUAAAAAGAAAAAAAGAAACAAAAUUCCAGUUCCCCCAAUCCUGUACCGACUCUAAAUGAAAGCCUAGGCUGCCAUCCCAUACGCACUUACCCUGCAAUAAAACCCAUAAAAGAAGAAUAUUACUUUUGACUGGAAAUGUGUAACAUUGUACUGAACCUGCUAGGCUUAAAGAACUAUCAACUUCAGCAAACAGUAGAGCAACCAUAAAAGACUAAAAUGGAUGACAUUAAACUCCAUGUCACUUUGUAACUUUUUGAUGACUCUCAUUGACAGUCUGAUGAGACCUCAGCGUCCUGGAAAACAUCAUAACAUAAUAAAGAUGACGAAGAAGCAAUGGUGUCUUGGCAAAUGUGGAAUCAUAACAUUAUUGAAAAUGGAAUGCACUGGAAUGUUUUCCAAGUGACCUGAGUAAAGAAGUGCUGGAAAAGCCGGAGUCCUAGUUGUGCUUUUCUCCCCGAUAAAUAUAAUAUAUAGUCUAGGUCUUAAUGUGGGUUAAGCAAUGUAAGUAUUGAAAAUAUAUAUAUAUAUGGAAAAGUUACCCUGCUACUCCUACCUUUCAAUCAACUGAAGAGUUCCUCAUCCUGGCCCACAGCGAUGACUGGGUAACUAUGAUUUUUAUUCAAAACUGCUAAGUGUGCUAGGAAAUUCAGAAAUUAGGAUAUGCCAUCGAGCUUAGAAAUUCUGUCUCAUGAUUUGAUGUGCUGGAGAAAGUUAGGAGGCCAAAUCUUUGUUUAGCAUCAGAAAUGACAACCUGUGAUUGCUUUGUCAAUGCAAGUAUAAUACUUAUGCAAUCUUAAAAAUAUAUUUUAUUUUAUAAAAGUGUGAUAUUACAUUGCUUUGUUGCUUUAUUUUCUUCAAAUUUCAUGACGACAAUAAUGCUGCUUAAAUGAAGCAUUGCACACCAAUAAAUUGCUUCAGUUACAA